GUGACAACAGUGCAGAGAAUUAGUUGCUUUUCCACAUCAACUCUCCUGAUGAAUGAUGUCAAAAUAUCAGUAACUCCGUGUGAGGCAUUAGUGGAUGAACGCGUCCACAUCAAGGUGGAUGGUUUACCUAAGAAUGGACCCAUUACAAUCAAGGCCUCUCUACAAGAGGGUAACAAUAGAUUUGCAUCGUAUGGGUGUUAUACAGCAACAGAACAGGGUCACCUGACAGUGGAGGAUCAAGCUUCUGUACAGGGGACAUAUACAGGUUUGGAGCCCAUGGGUUUAUUUUGGAGUAUGAAACCUGAACCCUCUUCCCGACAGAAUAUUCGAUUUCUAAAAAAGGAUGUGACUUCUCCCAUUAUUGUGACAUUAUCAGUGAUUGAAGGUCACCACUCCUGGGAAUCCUUGUUUGAUCCACCCCCGAAGCCUCUAGCUACAUUAGAUGUAUAUAGAUGGUACAAAGACAGGAAUGUUAGAAGAGAGAGGGUUAGCAAGGGAAACAUCAGGGGAGUUCUGUUUAUCCCCCCUGGACCAGGGCCAUUUUGGGGGGUGAUUGACAUGUUUGGUACUGAAGGGGGACUUUUUGAGCACAGAGCAGCGUUGUUAGCCUCCCACGGUUACUGUGUGUUUGCUCUGCCUUUUUUUGCCUAUGAAGAUUUGCCAAAAUUUUUGCCAGAUGUGUCACUGGAUUAUCUCAUAGAAUGUGUGGAGUGGUUUGCUGGGAUACCAGGAGUUAGGCAUGAUGGGAUAGGUAUAAUCGGAAUUUCUAAGGGAGGCAUGUAUGCCAUGGAGCUCUGUAGACAUGUUCCACAGGUUAAAGCUGUAGUUCUAGUGAAUGGAGUAACAUUUUAUUCUGAUGCUCCUCUGAAGUUCAGCAAAGGAGACAUAAAAAACUAUAGAUCUCGAUUAGAUCAAGUGAGGGUAACGCCAGAAGGAGCAGACGUUGCAAAUUGUUAUCAACCUACAGAUGAAUUCUUCAUCAAAGGAUGGGAGAGUGAGGCGACAUUUCUGAUCAUUUCCGGAAAGGACGAUAGAUGUCUCAAUUACUCCGUAGUUGAACAUUUUAUGAAACUUGUUCCAACGGAACAUAAACAUCGGUUCCAGGUCAUUGCUUACCCCAACACGGGCCACCUCCUUGAGCCACCUUAUUCGCCUCACUGCAGGCACUCCUAUCAUAAGGUGCUCCAAUCUGAUGCUCUCUGGGGAGGAGAAACAAAAGCUCACAGUUACGCUCAGGAGGAUUCAUGGAGGAGGAUCCUAGAAUUCUUCUCAAACCAACUUCAAUCUAAUAAACAAAUGUCUGGCAGCCAUUUAAACACAACCAGUAAAUUAUAACAAAUAAACAAACGCCUGUCUGCAACUAAAACACAGUCAGUAAAUUAUAACAAAUAAACAAACGUCUGGCAACCAUUUAAACACAACCUGUAAAUUAUAACAAAUAAACAAACGCCUGUCAGCAACUAAAACACAGUCAGUAAAUUAUAACAAACUAAUGUCUGGCAACCAUUUAAACACAACCAGUAAAUUAUAACAAAUAAACAAACGUCCGGCAACCAUUUAAACACAACCAGUAAAUUAUAUCAAAUAAAGAAUUGUCUGGCAACCAAUUAAUAAAAAACAAAUAAAAAAAUAUCUAGCAACCAUUUUAAGUUUUAAACAAAACAACUACAAUGUAGUUAAUUAUAACAAAUACUAGUAAAGAAAUGUCUGACAACCACUUAAUUAUAACAAAAUGAAUAAAUGUCAGGCAACCAAUUCAAUACAAUCAAUAAAUUGUAACAAACAACUACAAA